AGAGGCUGCGCUGAAUUCAUUCGAGAGUGGAGGUUUGGUGGUGGUGGUGGUGGUGGGAGGGAGGGAAACUUCGUAGCGCAGUUCGCUGCUCAAGCCGCCCGGGGCAGAUGGCAGAGUUCACGUGAACAAAGGCAAAGAGGCAAGAGUUUGGCAGUGACACACACAGAGAGAGAGAGAUUAUAAUACACAAACACAGAGUCUCACACACAGAGAGAGUCUCACACACAGAGUCUCACACACAAACACACAGACUUCCACACACAGAGAGAGAGAGUCUCAAACACCCACAGAGUCUCAAACACACACACAGAGUCACACACACAGAGAGUCUCACACAGAGAGUCUCACACACAGAGAGACACACACACACAGAGUCUCACACAGAGAGAGAGAGAGACACACACAGAGAGUCUCAAACACACAGUCUCACACACAGAAGCUCACAUACACAGUCUCUCACACACACAGAGCCUCACACACACACACAGAGCCUCACACACACACACACAGAGCCUCACACACACACAGAGCCUCACACACACACACACACAGAGUAUCACACACACAGAGAGAGUCACACACACACAGAGCCUCACACACACACAGAGUAUCACACACACAGAGAGAGUCACACACACAGAGUAUCACACACACAGAGCGCCCGUGCGCAACAACGUGAGCGAGAAAAACGCUCAAACUCUCUCCAAGUGAGUGAACGAGCUCUCCUCCUCCUCCUCCUUAUCUCUGUGCCGUGAAAUCGUUGGGACCAUCACCACCACCACCACCAUCAACAACCACCAUCAACAACCACCAUCAACAACCACCACCACCAUCAACAACCACCAUCAACCACCACCACCGACCACCCGCUCGAGGAAGGCCGUCGCUUCGCCUGUGGUGCGGAAUAACCCAGCCGAGUUCCAGGCGACCUACUUACUGCGGAGUUCGAGAUCAUCUGAAGCCGAGGGCCAUGCAGUCGGUGGGCGGCCCGGCGAUGCUCUCCCGGCAGACGUCGCUCGGCUCGGCCGGCGACCUCAUCGUCGGCCGCAACCACCACUGCCACCCGCAGCAGCUGGCGAGCGUGCGCGCCGCACAGGCCUACCCCUCCACGCUGCACGGCACCCUGCCCCGGAAGAGGCCCGUGGGUCGCGCGGCGUCGUGCGGCGUCGAGCAGGAGCGGAGCCAGCCCUGGCUGCGGCAGAACCACUCCAGCCUCAUGCACAAGUCCGAGGGCUACGCUGACGGUGUCAAGGUCCCCCACGCGCCGGGCACCGCCGCCGAUUGGAGCGCCGACCGCCUGAAGCGCGAGCUGGAGAGCGAGCUGAAGCUGGACAGUGAGGACGUGCGCAGCCACGCGUGGUACCACGGCGCCAUCCCCCGGCAGGUGGCCGAGUCCCAGCUGGAGCGCGACGGCGACUUCCUGCUGCGCGACUCGCUGUCGGGCGCCGGCGGCCUGGUGCUGUCGUGCCGCUGGGCCGAGCGGCCGCUCCACUUCCGCGUCGAGCGCCGCACGCCCACCACCUCCACCGCGGCGGCGGCGGCCCAGCAGCGCUCCUCCGGCGACGGCCACCACCGGCGUUCGCUCGGCGACUCCUACGCCAUCCAGCCCGGCGGCGACGGCUUCGGCAGCGUCCCGUCGCUCGUGCGCUUCUACGUCGGCAACCGGCAGCCCGUGUCGCCGGGCCAGCCGGGGCCCGGCGGGUUCGGGCCCGUGUGCAUCGCGCGGCCGGUGAACCGCGCCGUGCCGCUGGCGUACCUCGCCGCCGUUCACCGCGACGCGGCGCGCCUGGCGGAGCUGGCGGCUCACGGCGGCAGCAACGACAACAACAACAGCUGCGGCUUCGAUAGCUUCUACCGGCAAGAGAGGCCGGAGCGCCACGCGGGUUGCGCCGGGAACCACGGAGCCGGCGGCUGCUGCUGCGGCGACGGCGGCGGCGGCGGCUGCGACGUCAGGGGUCAUCAGGGGUCGUCGAAGCGUCAUCAGCUGACGGACACGUCCUACAGGAACGGCAUGGUGUUUGAUUGGACGCAGGACGGAAGGGCAUCUGAAGCGCACGCCCAGGGCAACACGCUGCCGGGAUACGGCACCGGGGCGGACAUCUGGCGAGACGGCCUCCGCAGGACCCCCACCUGGUCGCCCAAGGGCCUCCGGUCCGCGCAGCCGUCGGCCCACGCCGACCUCUCCUGGACGACGUCGCCCCCGCCCGCCAACGGGACGUCGGGGGCGGUCCCCGCUUCCGGCAAACACGCGGAGGAGCGGCUGGCGGGCGACUCGGAGCCGUACCACUCGCUCAUCUCGCCCCACAAGGCCAUGGAGGCCCUCGAGCGGGACGCGGCCGCCCUGCGGCUGGAGAGCGACGUCAACGCGGAAUUCCGCCGCCCCACCGUGGAGACGGAGUCGACGUUCCGGCCGCUGGAGUUCGCGUCGCUGCUGCUGCCGCCGGAGAACAAGCCGCUGGAGACGGGAGUGCUGCGGCGCGCCAAGGAGCUGCAGGGCGAGUGCGACGUGCGCACGGCCGCGCGCUGCAUCAUGCUGCUCGACUGCGAGGUGGCUCGCAUCACCGGGGUGACGGAGGAGCUCGUCCUGAAGAUGGGCGUCCGCUCCGGCCUGGAGCUGCUCACCCUGCCGCACGGACGGCGGCUCAGAGAAGACGUCAUCGAGCGGUUCCACGCGCUGGCGAUCGGCCUGGCGGUGGACGUGCUGGGCUGCACCGGCUGCCUAGAGGAGCGUGCCGAGCUGCUGCACCGCUACGUGCAGCUGGCGCUGGAGCUGCGCGGGCCGCUGGCGGAUCUCUACGGAUUCUCCGCCGUCAUGCACGCGCUCAUGCUCCCGCAGGUGUCCCGUCUGGAGCGGACGUGGGAGGUGCUGCGCCGUGCCCACACGCAGAGCGCCGUCGCCUUCGAGAAGGAGCUCAAGCCCUUCCUGCUGGCGCUGCAGCAGGGCAAAGUGCACGUCGACGCCCGGGACACGAGCGUCCCGCACCUCCUGCCGCUCGUCUCCCUCCUGGAGGAGCCGAUGCCGCCGGCGGAGCCGUCCGCCGCCGUCCCGGCGUGGCCGCCGCUGCCGGCUGAGAGGACCGGCUCGGGCGGCGACUGGGAGCGGGAGUGGGCGCGCGGCGGCGCCUCCGCCGGCGAAGCGUGGGAGCAGCCGGGCGACGCGGGGAUGGAGGCGGUGGUGGCGCAUCUGCAGGCCGGGCGGGAGAUGGCACGCGACGCCGCCCUCUACUCCGCCAACGCCGAGCGCCGGCUGAGAGGAUUCUCGGUGGACCCCGCGACCCUGGAGACGUUCCGCACCGAGUUCCACCUGCGCCUCUACUGGGGCAGCCGCGGCUGCCGGGCCGAGCGCCACGAGCGGCUGCACAAGUUCCACCACAUCCUGUCGGCGCUGUCGGCGCGCCUCGAGUCUCCGCAGCGCCACUCCGAGCUCUGACACGGCUCGGCAAUGACGCACGGCGCUGGCUCCGGCACGGCCCGGACGGAAGAGGAGGAUGACGAGGGCGACGCGGCAAACGACUUCCACCACCGGCGCUCGCUCGUGCCGGCGCCACUGACGCCGGCGGUGUCCAGCGGUCACCGGGACCGCGACGGAGCCCCCUGGGCGAUGCCGAGUCGUUUGUGCUGGUGGCGUUUUUGUUUUUUUUGCCGCCGAGACCGCCGGCCGGCCGUUCUGGGCGGGCCGCGACGAUGGCGGGCGUGGACGACGAGAGCCGCGGUCGCGGUCGGUUGUAAGUGACGGACGGACAAGUGAAUGUGCGGCGGUGGUGGCCGUGCAUGAGGAGGAGGACACGGAGGAGGAGGUGGAGGAAGACGAAAAUGUGAAGGGAGGACCGACGUGAAUUGUGACGGCGAAGGGCGUCGAACCAAAACACUGGAAAGGGCGCGGGGGGGGGGGGUGAGGUGUUCCCCCAUCAGUUGGGAGUGGGGGGUGGCGGAGAUGGGCGGCCACCGCGCCGUGGCUUGGUGCAGUGGUUUUCGCGGACGCUUUCUUCCGCCCCUAAUGCACAAACACACAAAAAAUGAAAUCCCGCAAAGACUCACCAUCGACGGGCGCCGAGAACCGGCAAACCGCUCAGGCGGGAAACACGCGACACGACCACCCCCCCCCC